AGAGUGGAAGCUGCAGUGUUUUGGCUCAUCUCAUUAUCCACAUUGCAAUAGUGCGGUGUUGGCAUUCUAAAGACAAAGGGAAAUUUCUUGGGAGCAACAGUUAAACAUUUUAAUGGGAAACAUGAAGAUAGAGGAGUAUUUCACAAGAAUUGGCUACAGAGGGUCCCUGGAAAAACGCGAUUUAGAAACUUUAACUGCCAUCUUCCAGCACCACAUACGAGCGGUGCCUUUUGAGAACCUCAGCAUCCAUUGCGGAGAAACCAUCACAUUAGCUUUAGAUCAGGUUUACAACAAGAUCGUGCGGAAAAGGCGUGGAGGAUGGUGUAUGGAGAACAACCAGCUCUUGUCUUGGGUACUGAAGUGUCUGGGGUACAACACGACGAUUCUUGGAGCCCACGUUUAUAACCCACAGCUGAAUGAGUACGCCACUCAUAUCACCCAUUUGAUUGUGAAAGUCGUGAUCAAUGGGGUGCCCUACAUAGUAGAUGCUGGCUUUGGUGUCUCCUACCAGAUGUGGCAACCCAUGGAGCUGGUCUCUGGCAAAGACCAGCCUCAGACACCUGGGAUUUUCCGCUUCACAGAAGACAGUGGCAUUUGGUACUACGAGAAAAUCAGACGGAAACAAUACAUUCUCAAUCAAACCUUCUCCAACUCAGAUCUCUUAGAAAAGAAGGAGCGCAGGAACAUCUAUUGGUUCAAUCUUGAGCCACGGACAGUCGAAGACUUCCAGUUCCAAUGCUUGUACCUCCAGACAUCCCCGGAUUCCCUCUUUACAAAGAAAUCCAUCUGUACCCUCCAGACAGUGGAAGGGUUUCGUGCUUUGAUAGGGUGGACCCUCUCAGAGACAAAAUACAACUACAAGGACAACAUGGAUUUGGUGGAAUUCAAAACACUGGAGGAUGAUGAGGUGGAGAAGUCACUGCAAGAGAAAUUUGGAAUAACUUUGGAGAACAAGCUCACUCCCAUUGAUGUCAAAGGCGUAUAUACCAUCUAGGGUUCAGUGCUGUGACAUCCUAAAGUAGGUCACAGAACACAGAGGCGGGCAGCGGUAAACACCAACAUUGACAACCAGUGAGCACAUGGGAAGCACAGGCAAUGAUGAAUUGUGAGAAGAUUUAAGAAACCAAAAAUGGAGAAAGCUGUGAUUGCAUAGCUGUUUAAAUCACUGAUAGCUGAACAUGGAGAACAGAAUUCGCACCAAGAACUCAUCUCGGAUCUCUUUGUUUCAACAGAGGAAGCAAUUCUACAUGCCUAAACAAAUAUUUGAUAAGAAUGUUUAUCCUUAACAUAAACAGGAGAAAGUGUCUCAAAAAAUUCUACAUCUAUGAAAUAUUACUGGGUUUGCUGAUAAACUAGAGAAUCUUAGAAUUAGCACACAGGGAACGCUAUAUUGCAAGCUAAAAAUUUAGCAACUAUCUGUGCUUGCAUAUCCAUGAAAUUCUAGAUAAUUCUUUUUGAAAUCUGCAUAGAAUUAUUAUGAAGGGUUUUAUUUCAUCAAAACUUUACAUAGAGCUUGGAUUUGCAAGGGUGCAUACAUUUGACAAACACAUUUAAUAAAAUGAGCAGGAAAUAACAUUCUUUUCUGUAACAUUAACCUGGGAAAUAUGGAUAUUGAUAUAAUUUUAAUUACAUGAGCCAAUAUUUACAGAAGCUUUCUUUUCAGUCUUCAUUUAUUUUGGCUCAUAUACAUGUUUGUAAUGAUUGUGAGAGUUAUACUUAACAUCAACUAUAAUGAAGUAUCACGUCAUGUCGGUAGUUGCU